UUUCAUUUUCUUUUUCUUUCUUUUUUUGCCGGCCAUUCUCCAUUCCGUAAACGUUGUGAUCACUUGAGCAUCACUGCCAUGCCAAAUGUAAUUACCACCCCAUUUGGAAAAGUUGUUCUCAAAUUUUCAUCAUUUACUCCACGUGAAUUGUGACCCAACAUAAAAUCACGGACUCUGCCUCUGCUCACACAGAGUAAGCAAGCAGCAGAGUGAGACAAAUUCCACAUAGAAAAUGGCCACGGUUUUAUCGGCUACUCUAUUUUCUCUGUUGCUAGCAACCCAAUUCAAUGUAGGCGCUUGUACUGGCAGCAAGAACAUCUUCAUCCUCGCCGGCCAGAGCAACAUGGCAGGACGAGGAGGCGUCAAUGGAAGCAAAUGGAAUGGCAAUGUCCCGCCCGAGUGCCAGCCCAAAUCGUCAAUCGUCCAACUCAGUGCUCAACUCGGAUGGGAACAAGCACAUGAGCCGCUCCACGCUGACAUUGAUGUGGGCAAGACAUGUGGGGUUGGGCCAGGCAUGGCUUUUGCCAAUGAGGUUCUCAGAGUCAGGGGCUCAGGAUUUGGGGUCUUGGGUCUGGUUCCCUGCGCUGUGGGUGGGACGAGAAUCGGUGAGUGGGCUCGAGGGACUCGGUUGUAUAACGAGUUGGUGAGACGAGCCACCGAGUCAGUCAGGGACGGUGGAGUUAUCAGAGCGGUUUUGUGGUACCAGGGAGAGAGUGACACCGUGAACAGAGUGGAUGCUGAGGGGUAUAAAGGGAAUUUCGAAAGGCUUGUUAUGGACCUGCGUUGUGAUCUUAAGAACCCAAAUCUUCCUGUCAUCCAGGUGGCAUUGGCAUCAGGAGAAGGGCAGUUCGUAGAUGUGGUGAGGAAAGGUCAGCUGGAUGUUAAGUUAGGCAAUGUCAAAUGUGUUGAUGCAAAAGGCCUGCAUCUGAAAGAAGAUCACCUCCACCUCACUACCACAUCUGAGGUCCACCUGGGGAUCAAGUUAGCUCGUUCCUUUCUUUAUUCUUUUGGGCAUCACCUGUAAUCUGAUGUGCCAGAAUGGUAACACACAGAGAAAUGUACCCCAUAUUGGAAACUUCUUAAAAUUUGCAGUUCCUAAUUUGUAGAAUAUUUAUUUCCAAUAUAUAACUAUUAUUUUUGUUUGAGGACGAGUAGUAGCGCAAGUGGUUAAGGCACUUCCCUCAUCACCCAGUGAUCUUGGAUUCGAAACCCCCCACCACUUGUAACUUUGACAACAACAAAAAAAACUAUUAUUUUU